CGCGCCAAAUUGGGUUUCAGUAAUGUCACUUCGAUAGCCGCUCGAAACAUCUCUCUUCCUUCCCGUGUCUUUCAUCACUCUCGCUCUCGCCACCGACUCCAUGGACUCCGUCUUCCAAGGUAUCAGGUCCAGAGAACUCAACGGAUUUAGAGUUCGAAAAAGACCCUAUAUCGGCAAUAAGGCAUCUGAUUUUGCUGAGUUUGAAGCCCUGGCCGUUGAACACAGUGGUGAAGAUACGCCUCCUCUGGCCAUUUCUUUCGGCAAGACAAGUAAAACUUCCCAUAUUUUGGCUGUCUCGGAUGAGGAUGGGUUCGUGAGCUUGUUUGAUGCGCGAAAAAAGUUCCCUGCUUACGCAUCUCAUCAAGAAUUUUCAGAUAAAGCAAGAAUCAGCGAGUGGGUGGCUCAUCAAAAUGCUAUAUUUGAUAUAUGCUGGAUCAAGGAAGACACCAACAUACUCACGGCUUCAGGUGAUCAAACUAUAAAGAUAUGGGACGCACAAGAGAAGAAAUGCACUGGAGUUUUGACGGGGCACAUAGGAAGUAUUAAAUCUAUGUGUCCUCAUCCAACAAAUUCUGACAUUCUCGUUUCUGGUUCAAGAGAUGGAUCCUUUGCCAUAUGGGACUUGAGAUGCAAAAUUGCUUCUGGAAGUAGAUACAAUGAAGCUUGCAUAACUUCAACUGCCAUGGUCCAAAAAGCUCAUCUUUCACCUCAAGCAAAGCGGGUUAGGAGGGGCAAGGCUGCUUCCAUGAGCAUUACGUCAGUUCUUUAUCUAAAAGAUGAGAUCUCCAUUGCCACUGCUGGAGCAGUGGACAGUGUUGUUAAAUUCUGGGAUACCAGAAAUUUAAAGGCUCAGGUUACUCAGGCGUGUCCACAUUCUAAAUCAUCACCUGAGAAGGAGAAAAGAUUUCAUGGUAUAUCAAGCCUGUCUCAGGAUUUAAAUGGAGUGUUUCUUACAGCUUCAUGCAUGGACCAUAGAAUCUACUUGUAUAACGUACUUCAGCUUGGAAAAGGUCCAAUUCAGUCAUUCUCUGGAUGCCGGAUUGAAUCAUUCUAUGUAAAGUCAGCAAUCAGUCCUGAUGCAGCUCAUAUUCUAAGUGGCUCUAGUGAUGGAAAAACCUACAUAUGGCAGGUUAACAAGCCUUGCACUGAUCCUAUUACAUUGAAAAGCAACGACGGAGAAGUUACAGCAGUAGAUUGGAGCCCAUCUGAUGGGAAGAUAGCGACUGCGUCAGAUGAUUUCACGGUUCGGAUUUGGAACAUGCAAAACAGUUAUUGUUCAACCUCAAGAUCACCUUCCUCUAUUAGAAGGAGAAUAAUGGCAAUUCCAAGUGAGGAAUGUAGAAGGCUUUUAAUGAACGAAGAACCAACUAGUCUUAAAAAAGAUUCUGGUGAUUUGGAUUCUUCAAAUGAAGCAUGCAAUCAAAUUGACUCACCAAACUCUUACAAAAUGCAUGUGGUACGUACUCCCGAAUCCCAGAAGAGAAAGUUCUCGUCAGAUUCUGAUUCAAAAGAAGCUUUCAAUAAAACUCCUGAAGCAGCAGUGCAGAGCCCUUCUUCUGUGUUGAAUCCUCCAUCUUCUUUGAAAAGAAAAACCAUCCGCGAUUACUUUCUAGCAGCUUAACAUUAAUUGAUAUGAUACAGUAUAUAAAGAUCAAUUUGUAACAUUCCUAUCAAGCAGUAAUUCUCUUGGAUAAUGUAGGUUUAAAUGUGAAAUGUAAAGUAAGAAGAGAACUUUUUGGAUAAUAUUUUGUACAAUCAAUUUAUGCAUUUUUCUUUAGGAUAUUGUAAGUAUAGAACCCAAAAGUAUAUUCAUUUCUCUAUUUUGGCUAAGAAGGUUUCACUAAUGUCUAAUUAUGCUAAUAGAUCAGUCGUUUGAAUU